ACCAAAUAACCCUUUCCACAACAUUUAAGUAUAACUCUUUUAAAAAAGUGUUAUCCUAAUCCCAUAAAAUUUGGGAGGACUAAAAAAAAUGGCGCACAAAUACAUUAAUUGGCGGCAAAUGAAAUAAUUGUGCCAAAUAUUGUAUUAUUUCACUUGCUAUUCUCAUUUUCUAAAUCUACAUAUCUCAUUCUCUCUCUUAACUCUUUGUCUCCCUCACAUCUAUCUAAACCUAGCAAAAAUCUCCCUACCCAAACCCCAAAUUUUCCCGAACCUCCUCUAAAAAAAUUUCCAAACUUUCCGAGAGGAAAUUCUCCAAAUUUCCCAGAAAUUUCCCCACAACCUCAAACUCCCAGCUCUCCCUACCUCUCACUGAAAUCCCAAAAUUCUAGUCCUCUACUAAUAAUCUUUAUCCUGUGCUGUUUCGGUCUGCUUCUGAGCUCAGUGGUGGUGGUGGUGGUCCCUUUGACUUGCUCCGUCAUUCGAAUCCUUCCGGUGAUGAAUUCCUGAUGAAUAGGACUGUCCUCACUGGUAGUUCUACUAGCCGUGUGGUGGUUGGCCGCCACGAGAUCCGAAUCAGACCUUGGCCGCAUCCGAAUCUGACUGAGGUCAUGAAGGCGUACCAGAUUAUUUACACGGUUCAGAGGGAGCAGAGGCGUCAAUUUGGAGUCAAGAACCCUAGAACCAUCAUUGUGGUGACUCCCACUUAUGUGAGGACAUUCCAGGCCCUUCACAUGACCGGUCUGAUGCACUCGCUGAUGCUGGUGCCGUACGAAGUCGUUUGGAUCGUGGUGGAGGCUGGUGGAGCUAGCAAUGAGACCGGUUCGAUCCUCGCCAAGUCGGGACUUUGGACCAUUCACGUUGGAUUCGAGCAGCGAAUGCCGAAUUCUUGGGAGGGUCAUCAUCGAUUGGAGGCUCGGAUGAGGCUUCGUGCAUUGAGGAAAAUGGGUAUUCUCGAGACAUUCUGACUACGGUGCACAGAAGUAGAGCUGACUGUCCACGGCCUGAGGUUUAAAGUUGUUGAACCUUUGUGCAAUCU